GAAACCUCGAAAUAUUAUAACCUAUACUGCUAUCUGCCAAUUUUAUUGUAUUUGGGGCCAUCCAAUGCUGGAACAAUAAACAGCCAUGUCUUUGUGUAGCUUGUUUUAAGACAAGCGAGUAUUAUGGGGAAAAGGACGUUCCACAAUUAUCUUAAUUUUAAGUUUUUACCACUAAAUUGACACGAACCUAUGAAAUAACUGAGGAAUAGUCUAAUGUUAGAAGUGGUUAAAUGUAGCUCACAGUAUUUUUGCGCGUUUUUGAUGCGAUUAAAAGGUCUAUUUUUGCAUGAAGUUACAUUUUAUAAGAGUUAAACGGAUUUGGUUUAUUCAUUAGUUUCUGAAUUAAGCCAUAGUACAUAUGAACACUGUUUUGAUGGUUUAUUUCUUAAUUUAUGAAUUCAGUUUUACUUAAAGUUCAAGAAAAUAAUCUGUGAUUUAAGAAUUCUUGAAAUUCCAAUAAACAAUGGAUAACCAAUAUGGUAAUGAUGAUCUUAGGAGAAGUGCUGCGGCACAGUUUUUCCUUGAUGAAAAGGGUCCUGAAGGAUACAAACUCCGAGAAAUUGUUAAUUCAAUUAAUGAGGCAGUUAUGAUUAGCGAUAUUAAUGAAAAACUCGAGAAACUGCAGAAAAUCCAGGCGCUUAUACUGAGUGGCCCAGAUCUACUUGAAAGAUUCCUUCCGGAUAUCCUUGGGUUUCAAAGUGACAGGAACGCUGAGGUUCGAAGAUUUGUUGUUGGUUUUAUUGAAGAAUCCUUCAAACGCAAUUCUGAAAUCUUGCCUCACAUUAUUGGAAAUAUACAAGCACUUGUUCAAGAUACUGCUCCAAGAGUGCAGAAACGUGUUGUCCAGUGUGUAACACAACUUUAUCGUCAUACGCUUAUGUGGCUUUCGAAAGCACAGUCUGUGAAUGAGCAAAUGCAAACAGUUUGGACGAUUCUGGUUAAUAUUAAAGCUUUCAUUAUCAAUAUGGUUGAUAGUGAUAAUGAUGGUUUGAGAACACAAAUAGUAAAAUUCUUGGAAAUGAUUGUCUUACUUCAAACUUAUCGUGAACCGGAUAGUACAAAUAGAACUAAUGACUUUUCGCUUGAAGAUGUACCUUUAACAUUAAAAGUCGCAAGAAGAAGGAAAUUAGAAGAAGAGGCAAUGACGGUUUUUGAUCUCAUGUUAAAAUUCCAUGGUUCACCUCAUAUCAGUAGUGCCAAUCUAAUGGCUUGUAUGGGCUCUUUAACAACUAUUGCAAAGCUUCGCCCAAAUUUCAUGGGUAAAGUGGUUGCAGCAUUGGAAACAUUACACAUGAAUCUUCCGCCUACGCUAUCUACAUCUCAGGUUAAUUCAGUUAGAAAACAUCUAAAAGUUAAUUUGCUUAAUUUGUUGAAGCAUCCUUCAGCAUCUGAAUAUCAAAUGAAUAUUACUACUUUGCUUACUGAUUUGGGGGCAACAACACAUGAGGUUAUGAAAGCAUAUCCCAAACUUGAAGAAGGUAGAAAACGUCUUAAAAAAACUAUUGCAUCAGCCCCUGCUAAAAAAGUGAGAUUAGAAGAAGACAUUUCGAUGAACGAGUCUGCUGUUGAUAUUACCGAAACAUUUAUCACAGAAAGGCUCUCCCCUGAAUUAGCUGCAAACUUGGUUAUCAUGGCCAUGAAUCAUCUUCCGGAGUCAAUGCCAUCUGUUUUUAAUGCAACAUACACCCCGAUUGCCGCUGCCGGUACGCAAGCCCAAAUCAAGCAUGUUGCUCGGCUGUUGGCAACUCAACUUACUGCGGCUGGUCUCGGCCCGGGUGCAACUAUAGCCAAGACACAGAAACCUGUUCUGAGAACCGUUGAUGAUGAAGAAGAAGAAGAAAAUGGAGUUGGAAAUAGCAAUGUUCCUGAUGAAAAUGUCGGUCCUGAAGAGGAUAACACCAACACGAAUUCCAAAACACUUCUUGCUAGUAGAACGUUUAAACAAGAAAUGUAUAAACCUAUGUCUACAGAUAUGCGCGAGUUCUUACAAGUAGGAGCUGUUCAAAGGAUAUUAUCAUCUGAAGAAAGUGCGAUAACCGGAGGGGUAAGCAGAGUGAGAUCUAAAAUUUUGGCUUCAUUCGCUGCUUCAUUCGGCCAGAAAGUUAAGCAAACAAUUCUGAAUUUUAUUAUGGGAGAUAUAAGAAAUCAGAUUAAUCUCGCUCUCGCUUGGAUAUAUGAAGAAUACAGUUACAUGCAAGGUUUCACCAAGAGGCCUCCUAGCCAGAUGGAUGAGGGAAAAUUCAAUGAUUUACAAUACGAUAGCCUUGUAACUCAGAUUAUGAAUGGAAUAAUUAGAAAUAAGGAACUCAAGGAACGUGAUGUGAUUUUAACAAGAAUCUGCCUUGAAAUGCCUCUCCUGACAGAUGAAGUAAUUAAUCUAAUAAAAAAUUUUAGCACAACCGAAACUUUAGGUUUAAGUAUUAUUUACAAACUAGUCCUCAUGAGGCCGAUGAAGCAACUUUACUUUUUAAAUGUUCUUUUGGAUAAUACAUCUCAUCAGGCAUCCGAGAUACGGGAAGCUUCCAUUGGUCAUGUAGUCGAUCUCUACCCGAAAGAAGACCUUCAAACAGUUAUAGAAGAAUAUGCCAUCUAUUACCUUGGUUUUCUAAAAUUAGCCAAACCGCCAGAGACCCUCUUCGGUUUGCACAAGGGUAGACCCCAUUUGUCUGAAGUUUGGACUGAUGAUUCAAUAAAAGCUUGUCUCUAUCUGUACCUGUCGCUUCUCCCGAUCAAUCAAGAGUUAAUUCAUGAAUUGUCUAGAGUCUACAUUCAAACCCAGGCUGAUGUUAAAAGGACAAUUUUACGAGUCGUCGAGUAUUCCGUCAAAGCAAUGGGUAUGGAUUCACCUCAGCUUCUGAAACUCGUCGAGGAAUGCCCGAAGGGUUCUGAAACUUUAGUGACUCGCAUUAUCCAUAUUUUGACAGACAAGUCUGCUCCUAGCGCAGAACUCGUGGACCGAGUAAGAGAAUUAUAUCGAACAAGAGUUUCUGACGUACGCUUCCUCAUCCCAGUGCUGAAUGGUCUGAAAAAAGGCGAAAUUAUUGAAGCUCUUCCAAAACUGAUUAAGUUGAAUCCGGUUGUUGUUAAAGAGGUUUUCAAUAGACUGCUAGGAACGCAGGCCGAUUCUACCGGUCACUCCUCUCCAAUAACUCCCGCUGAACUUCUUACAGCUUUGCACUUGAUAGAUCCCACGAAAUGUGAACUGAAAACCAUUAUUAAAGCUACUUCCCUAUGCUUCAGCGACAAGGAAGCGUAUACACAAGAAGUUCUGGCAGUCGUUUUACAACACUUGAUGGAAGUGACGCCACUUCCAACAUUGCUUAUGAGGACUGUCAUUCAAGCGCUGUCGUUACAUCCUAGGUUGAUAGGAUUUGUUAUGAAUAUACUUCAGAGACUCAUCAGCAAGCAGGUCUGGAAGCAAAAAAAAGUUUGGGAAGGUUUCAUCAAAUGUUGCCAGAGAACCCAACCUGCUAGUUUUCAGGUUCUUCUUCAACUUCCUCCGCAGCAGCUGAUUGAUGUCUUCAAAGAAGCUCCCGAUUUACGGAAACCUCUGCUUUCUCACAUAAUGGAGUUCACUGAAAAUCAGAGGGCUCAUAUUCCUCAAAACAUUAUGGACAUAAUUAAAGGGCAGGAGGAGAGAGCAAAUAUGGAUUUCCAUAUAAAAGAAGAACCGCUAUCACCUGCUUCUGAGCUGACGAUCGAUAUCAAGGAAGAACCUCCAGACACGUUCAGCGAACCUGCGCCGCCUGGAUUAGAGUAGCUCAGGAGAUAUCUGUACAUUCAAUGUUUAUGUUCAUAUACAGUUGUACAUUUAUAUCCAUGGCAUCCAUUUAUAUUUAUGUAUAUUACAAUUAUAAUUUUUUUUCUAUGGUGGAUGUUUGUAAAUAGUGAACAUCAUUCAUUUAAUUAUUAUCGAAUAAAUCUUGUUAAAAUUUGAUUAGAUAUUAAUAUAUAUAUAUUUUUUAUUUAUAAUAAGAUCAUGUUUUUUAUUAUUUUGUGAGAUCAAAUCUAUAUUUGGUUCUGGUAUGAAUGGAGGAUAAAACUCUUUAAGACUUAAAAAUUUUAGCAAUUUUUACUCAAUGAACAAUUUUAUUUUUACUCAAAGACUGUGGUAACAUAAUAUUAAAAAAUUAAAGUUGAGCAACUCGCCUUGCUUCAAAUUGUAAUAAUCAAAUUGAGUAAUAGAAGAAAAUUCUUAUUAUGUUCCUUUAUUAUUUAUAUAUUUUUAUAAUAAUAAAUUGCUUUCAACAGUUUUAUUUUGGUUUAUAAUUUCAGUAUCAUCAAAUUAAGCUUUUU